CGGUAGACACUACCAUGAUGAUUCCUCAAGUGUGUUUAUGAGCAAGUUUGGUUCUAAGAUAAUAACAUUUUCUUUUUAAAGCGUUUGAAACUUUCGUCCUGACUGCAUUAGAAGCAGGUUUAACUCAAGAUGAGUGACGACCCUGACGCCGUUCCCGAAAGGGAAAUGAAGGAUUUUCAGUUUCGCCAGAUGAAGAAGAUCCGCGUCUUUGACGCACCUGAUGACAUCCCGAAGGACAGGUGUAGUCUGCUCGUCAUCUCGAACAAGUUCGGGCUGACGUUCGUGGGACAGGACAGGACGCUCAAGAUGUUCCCCACGCAGGAUAUCAUAGAAGCCAACAAGGUCGAAGGCAACUCGAAUGAGAUAGUGGAGGGGCUCAAAGCCCUGCAGGUACCCGUGGACCUGCCCAUGCACCACCUGGCCCUGAGCAGUGACGAGCUCACGCUGUCUGUCUGCGGGAUGUCCGAGGAGGAGGGGCUGCUGCUGGCCUUCUACGACAUGCGGGUCUUCCAUAACAAGGCGAGGCCAGAGAAGCUGCCGUUUGCCACCAUGCGGCCGGCUGUGGACCCAGGGGCGUCGGUGCAGGACCUGAAGUGGAACCCUGUGCAGGCUUCCAUCCUGGCUGCCUGUCUGUCUGACGGCAGCAUGAUGGUGCUGGAGGUCACGGACAAGGUGACAGUGCAGGCCCAGCUGCCCGCCUCUGUGGGUAUAACCUGCGUGUGCUGGAGUCCCAAAGGGAAGCAAGUGGCCGCUGGGAAGCAGGAUGCAACUGUCAUCCAGUACACUCCUGCUCUCCAGGAAAAGAAAGUGAUUCCCUGCCCGAGUUUCUACAGCUCUGACAACCCAGUCAAAGUGCUCGACGUGCUGUGGCUCAGCACCUUCAGCUUUGCUGUGGCGUACGCAGCUGCGGACGGCUCCCCCGAGACUCCCCCUGAGCUGGUGGUGGUGUCACUUCCUAAAAAGGACGAGAAGAGGGACGAGCGGUACCUGAACUUCAACGACCUGGUGUACGGCACCUGCACAGAGAGACAGCACCACUACUUCCUCAGCCACAUCGAGGACUGGGACCUUGUUCUCGCAGCCUCAGCAGCCUCCAUUGAAGUCAGUAUAAUCGCCAAGCAGGAAGACAAGACAAACUGGGAGCUGUGGAUACUAGAGGACGCCAGCAGAGCGGAAUUGCCCGUCACGUUGAACAAUGACGACACGCUGCCUGUAGGGGUCGCCAUCGACUACACCAGCCAGGAGGAGAUCCACAUAUCGGAUGAAAAAACGCUGCCCCCGGUGCCCACCCUGAUGCUGCUGUCCACCGACGGAGUGCUGUGCCCCUUCUCCCUCCUCAACCUGAACCCGGGAGUCAAGCAGCUGUCCUCUGCUGCAGUGGGCCUGCCCCCCGAGGGAGAGAGGCUGCCCUCUGCUGGGUCUGUUGCUGCCCCUGCCCCUCCCCCUGCAGCUGCUGCCAGUGUUGCCCCGGCAACAGCACCUGUUCUUCGGCCACCCGCCGCCAUCACCCCAACACCCGCCCCCACCGCCGCCCCCACAGCCCCCGCUGCCGCGCCUGCUUCGGCUUCCUCCUCGGGCUUCUCCUUUGGCCUGUCCGGAUCGCAGAACGCUGGGCCCUCCAUCUUCUCCCUGGGGUCUGCCGCUUCCCCCGCCGCCCCCUCCGGCCUCUCUCUGGGCUCGGCCAGCUUCUCCUUCACAGCGCAGCCCGCCAAACCCGCGUCCGAACCCCCCGCCAGCUCGGCCUUCUCCUUCAGCGCCCCCCCCGCCAAACCCCCAGCGGAGAGUGGCCCCGCCCCCGCCCCCGCCCCCCAGCGCCUCGCCACCGCCUCUCCCGUCACGGUGUUCAAGACCCCCGCAGAGCCCGCCACGCCGGCCGUGAAGGUCAACCUCAACGACAGGUUUUUGGCAGUGGAGACACCAGCAGCCCCAACACCCCAGCAGUUCUCCUUCACCUCCACCUCCACCUCCACCCCUAAGCCUACCUUCCCAGGGCCUACAAGCCAGUCCACCCCCCUGCCCAGCAAGCCAGCCGCUGCUCCAGGACCCACCCGGCCUGCCCAGUCCAGCGCUGCCCCCUCGGCAGGAACGAAGACCGCCCCUGUCACCCAAGUUCCUGCCAGUACCCCCGCUCCACAGGCCGCCCUGUCAGUGAAGGCCCUGGAGAAGCAGCUACAGCAGAGGAAGGACUCUGAUCCGGUCAUGGCUGGAAUUCUGGAGGAAAUUGCCCAUUUCCAGAAGGAGCUGGACGACCUCAAGACUCGCAGCGACAAGGCCGACUUCAGGGUGGGGACCACAGAGGAGAUGCAUGCGCUUCGCAAGGAGUCUGAGGAUCUCCAUGUCUUCACCCUGGAAAUCAAGGAGACCACAGAGUCUCUCCACGGAGACAUCAGCUCUCUGAAGACCACCCUGCUGGAGGGCUUUGCCGGGGCAGAGGACGCCAAGGCCCAGAGCGAGCUGAACAGGGACCGGGGCUACCUGCAGCUGCUGUACAAGAAGCCGCUGGACCCGCGCAGCGAUGAGCAGCUCAAGGAGAUCCGGAGGCUGUACCAGUACGUGAAGUUUGCUGUGGAGGACGUGAACGACGUGCUGGACCUGGAGUGGGAGAAACAUCUGGAGAAGAAGAAGAAACAAAAGCAUCUGAUAGUGCCGGAGAGGGAGGCUCUGUUCACGGCGCUGGCCAACAACCUGGACAUCAUCCAGCAGCAGGAGCAGAGGCUGCAGGGUCUGGUGAAGACACUGCAGUCCCUGCGUCUGUACGGGAAGGCUAGAGACUGGAGCCUCAGCCAGCCCGCCCCCGCCUCCACCCAGCCGGGCAGUUUGGACAGUGAGUUGGAGAGCUUGAGGGAUUCUCUGCUUAAAGCCAGUCUGGAGACCACACCCAAAGUCACCUCCAAAUCUCCUGCCAAAAUGUCUCCAGUCAAGCAGUCUCAGCUGAGGAACUUCCUGUCCAAGAGGCAGACCCCUCCUGUUCGAUCUACUGCACCAGCGAACCUGUCCAGGUCGGCGUUCCUGUCACCCAAAUACUAUGAGGACUUGGACGACGUGAGCUCCACUUCCUCUCUGUCUCAGACGCUCGACCCUGAGGAGGCACAGUUGGCUGAGGAGGAGGAAGAGGAGCCUGUCCCCGCCCCCAUCCAGGCCCCCACCAUCCCGCGGCACCCCACGGUGGUCCGCACCCCCUCCAUCCAGCCCGGGUUCGGGAUGCAGUCUACCCCCUUCAGCAAAGUGCACUCCGGCCUCGGCCCCAUCAUUAGCCCUGUUCUAACCGGUAAGAUGAAUGUGUCUGGAGCAGACAGCACAGCCUUCGCCACUAAGACGGUGAAGCACGGAGCUCCGCCCACCGAGAGGACCACGCCCGUCACCAUGCCCGCCCAGCAGGCUGCUGCCACUGCCGCCCUGCGCAGGCAGAUGGCCAAUCAGAAGCCAGCGGUCAGCACCUCUUUGACCGAGUCCACCCUGAAGACCGUGCCCCAGGUGGUGAAUGUUCAGGAGCUGAAGGACAAGGGGUCCGCCCUGCCUGUGUCCGCAGUGAUCAGCUCUUCGGUCCCGGCGCCUGUGGCUCAGGUCAACCAGCAGAUUCAAGCCAAACGGAAUUCCUCUCAGAACGCUUUGAAGGUUUCCGGACCAUCUGCAGAGGUUUCAGCCGCCUCACAGUCUGGCUUUAUGUUCGGUGCGCCUCUGAAACCGGAGGCUCCAGUGGUGUCCGCAGCUCCUGCCGCCUCCAGCUCUGGCCCCGCCCUCACAGAGCAGACCAGCAAGGCUUUCUCCUUCUCUGCCACGCCUGCUGGGAGUUUCACUUUCUCGUCUUUGAGCACCGCCUCGGUGUCAGCGUCGCAAGCGGGAGGAGCUUCUCAAGGCAAGGAUGUGAGCCAGGCCAGCAAGUUCACCUUCGGAAACAGCGUUGCCGGGGGGACAAAGAUGGUGUUCGGGACGUCCGGAGAGGCCCCUUUCUCUUUCACUCCGAAAUCCACCUCCCCCGCCUUGGGCCGCACCAGCACCCCAACGCCCCCGCCCAGCAUGUCCUCGGAGCCCGUGAAGCCGGCCCCCGCUGGCUCCGCCCUGAAGGUGGAGUCUCAGGCCCUGAAGACGGGCACAGCCGGGGAGACACUGGGCAGCUUUUCGGGGCUCCGCGUUGGACAGGGGGAGGAGGAGGCCAAAGAGGCGCCCCGCCUCGCCAGCGUGGGCUUCAGCUUCGGCAGUGCCGACAAUGGGGCGGGGCUGGGGGCAGCCGAGUUCAGUUUCGGGGGAGGGUUCCAGCAGGGGAAGCCUGCUGAGCCCACCCCCAGCGAGGCAGAUUCGUCAGCGCCCGCGGUUGACCUUCCUAAGACUGCGCCUGCCAUUUUUGGCAGCACCUCAACCCCCGCCACAGUUUCCGCCACCAGCGUCUUCAAGCCACCCGAACCUGCAGCGCCCGCAACCACCAAACCGGCAUUCACCGUCUCUCAACCCAGCUCCCUGGCCUCAGCCGCUACCUCCUUCAGCAGCCUCCUGGCUGCCCCCCUGCCCCCCGCCUCCACAGGGGGCGGCGAGGAGCCCAAAUCCGCCUCCCCCCCAGCAACAGAGCCUGCCCCUGCUGCAGAGACCCAGCCAACCCAGGAGGAGCCAAGCCCUGAGAGCCCCACCCCUCCGGGCUCAACCCCGCCCCCUGCAGAUGACAGCGCCGUGACAUCGGCCGCCGCCCAAGCCGUCAUCGCUGACGCUACCGCCACUGCAUCCAAAGCCCCAGAGAAGCCUCCAACGCCCCCUUCUCCUGCCCCCUCUCCGGCCCCGUCCACCUCCCCCACGCCCACCCCCGCCGCCCCGCCAGCGGAGGGAGCCCCUGCGGCCGACUCCAGUGCUGCCCCCGAGGCCACAGCCCCCUCCCCCGCCCCCCAGCCGGCCUCUGCGUUCGGCCAAGCCCUGAGCUCCGACAAGCCGGGUUCCAUCUUCGCCCAGCCCGCAGUGAGCACGGACAGCACCACCCUGGGAAUCUCCGCCCUCACCACGGUGAUCACCACGGUAGCCCCGGCAGCCCCACCCGCCCCUGAGCCCACCCCCGCCACUGCUCCCACCCCCACGCCGGCCCCCGCAGCGGCCGCCACCGCCACCACAACCGCCUCCAUUUUCGGACAGCCUCCUGCCGCCGCCAGCACCACCGCCCCGGCUGCCACCGGGUUCGGCUCUGGCGGAUUCGGGUCCGGCGCGACGGGCGGGUUUGGUAAGCCCGCGUUCGGGCAGGUGAGCGGGUUCGGCCAGCCUGCCGCCACCGGCGCCGGCGGCUUCAGCUUCGGCCAGUCGGCAUUCGGGUCGAGCCCCGGGUUCGGGCAGCCCGCAGCGGCGGCGGCGGCGCCCCCGGCCUCCAGCAGCGGAGGGGGGCUGUUCGGGUCGGCCAGCACCAGCAGUGCCAGCUCCUUCUCCUUCGGACAGAUGACCACCAGCAGCAGCAGCACGGCCGGCGGCAGCGGAACCGGCCUGUUUGGGCAGAGCACCACCCCCGCCUUCGGCCAGCAGAGCUCCGGCUUCGGCCAGGGCUCUGUCUUCGGCAGCAACACCACCACCACCUCCUCCACCGGCUUCAGCUUCGGACAGCCUGCGGCCUUCGGAAGCACCUCCACUCCCUCGGUGUUUGGUCAGCAGGCUAGCGGCGGCAGCGUCUUUGGACAGCAGGCCGGCUCCGGCGGAGGGCUGUUCGGUUCCGGCACCAGUGGCCCCGCGGGCCCCUCGGGCGGAUCCGGGGGCUUCUUCAGCGGCCUGGGCGGCAAGCCCAGCGAGGACGCGGCCAACAAAAACCCGUUCGGCUCCACCUCCUCGGGAGGGUUCGGCCAGGCUAACCAAGCAGGGAGCAGCAGCCUGUUCGGGAACAGCGGGGCGAAGACCUUCGGGUUCGGGACGUCAUCCUUCGGCGAGCAGAAGCCCAGCGGGACUUUCAGCACGGGCGGAGGAAGUGUGGCCGUACAGGGGUUCGGUUCCUUCACCAGCCCAGCCAAAACAGGUGGUUUUGGCAGCGCCCCUGUGUUCAGCAGUCCGCCCUCCUUUGGGGGCGGGCCUGCCUUCGGGAGCACGUCAGCGUUUGGGGCCGCCCCAUCUUUCAGCAGUCCCAUGGGGUCCGGGACAGGCAAGGUCUUCGGGGAGGGAACGGCAGCCGCCAGUGUUGGGGGAUUCGGCUUUGCCUCGGCUUCUAACACCCCGACCUUUGGGAGCCUAGCCAAUCAGAGUGCGCCGUCCUUCGGGGGCCUGGCCCAGCAGGGCUCUGGGUUCAGCGGGCAGAGCGGCGGAUUCUCCGGGUUCGGAUCCUCGGGAGCUUUCUCCGGCGGCUUUGGAUCCUCAAAUCAACAAAGCACAGCCCCCGCUGUCUGGAUGAUGGACAGCAGGGUCCACCAUCCCAACUCUUAAGCUUCAGCCAAUCACCUGUCAGCAGGAACACCUCUCUUCAUCUUCUCAAACAUUCGCCAGUUGGAGAAGCUAGUUACUGUAGACCCUGUCAAGAACACCUCAGUGAUUCCCACUCUGCAAUCAAGCUGUUUGUGUAGAAGACACUAGCAUGUUGGGCGGGGGGAGGGGAGGGGGGGGGUCCACGGCUAGUGUCUGUUCACCGUCCUGCAGGUCAUCUACAUUAAACAACAACCCAACUGUGCCCACAAAGGAGAAACAAAAUUUACAGAAACCAGACAACAUUUGGUAUAAGGGGAUGCACAUGACACCAGAUUGGAAGGGUGAACAAUAUUUUGGUUUUGUUUUGUUUUGUUUUAUUUAUUGAAUAUAGGCCCUUAAUAGGCCCUUUAGAAGUGCUAAAUACCAAUAGUUUCAGAAGGUACAAAAAAAAAAAAAUAAAGACACCACAGGGUAGUAAUCUGUGUUUCAGUUAAUUUGCACUUUCUGCUGAAUGUGCAUGCGCAGAAGCAUUGCUCCAUGCCGCGCAGUCCAGCUGCACCUCCAGCUCUGUUCAGCUGAUGAUCUCUCUGGCUGAGUGUGGAGCCCCUUUAUCCAAAGAUACAGCGAGUGUCUACUGUGUGUUCGCCUUUAUCGUUUCUCAAACUGCGCGCGGGGAUUGAGGGGAAAAUGCAACUCUCAUCAGGUUUCCUCCUUUUAUCACUACAGCAGAGACUGAGUGGGGCAAGGUGGGGUAAUGAAAUGCUAUUUGUCGUUGGAUAAAAAUAAAUCCAUAUGCUACAGACGAGAAUACAAAUCAGAUAUUGACAUGUUUUUUAAAAAUCCUUUUUGAUUGCAUAUGAUGAACUGGAGUGUGACAAGACUUCCUGAUGUGAGGGGGGGAAAAGAGUAUUUUGCUUUUGUAAUGUCUUAUGCCAGAACCCCGUUUCUUUGGCACUGUAUAUUUUAUAGAUGGAAAAUGUGAAAUAAA